GCCAAAGCUGGACGUCUCAAAUUGCACUCUGUGUUUUCAGCACACACAUGAAGUCCUGAAGUACUGCCAUAUCCUGUAGAUCAUUACAUUUUAAUGGGAUGUAAGAGCAGGUUGACUUAGCAAAGUCAGCAGCAAUAAUAAUAGGAAUAAUUAUUAUUGUUAUGACUGUCAGGGUACACUGGCAUACACCACAGUUUUGGAUUUAUUACACUUUAAAGGGACAAUAAUGUUAGAAUGUAUUAUAGAAACUUUUGGAAGAGAAUUUAACGCUAGUUACUGGUCUUAAGGGGAAACAAUUAGUGGUCAAUUGAGAGUUAACUGGAUGUGGUAUUUCAUCUUCUUACUAAGCAGUGAUUCACCCAUUGGUGAGAAUGGCCUGACACGUGUGUAAGUCCUAAAAAACCCAUGUCCCAUGUUUACUCAAAAUAAUAACUAGGAUUAUUUUGCCAUGGAAACCAAUGUAGUUAUUUAAAUAAUACAGGAAUAACUUAAUUCAUUUUUUUAUUUAAAGUGAAUCUGAAGGGAUCAUCAUUCUCCUGUCUUUAGAAGCGACUGAACUCUCUUCUGGAAGAGUCGGGAAUCUUCUGUGAGGAGUGAGUGGAGGAAGUUACGCUCCUUGUUUGGAAAUGUUCUCCCCGGGGUCGCUGCUGCGGUGAAGCCGGAGUGAGGAGUCAAACUCAGCUGCACACAGAGCUGAUCACACACUGGACACAGGACGUGGACUCAGUGACGGAUCAUUGUUAUUACUGUUAUUACAACAAAUCAACGUCAUGGCUCAAGCGAAAAUCCACGCGAAAAUGAACGAAGCUGCGCACGGCAAGUUCAGGAGGACCUUGUCCAUGGCUGACCGGUCUGGAAGACUCCUGGAAAGUUUGGAUCAACUGGAAAUAAGGGUGGAGACUUUGCGUGAAACGGCCACAGCCAUGGAACAGGAAAGAGAGUGCAUCCUGGAAAUGAUUCAAUCCAUUCAGAACAGCCAGGAGAUGCGUAACAUUUGUGCUGGAGAAAGAGAGGAGUUAGAUUUAACUGCCAACCGUCUCAUGGGCCGGACACUGUCGGUGGAGAUCUCUGUCGGCACAACAAGGAGCCCUCAGCAGGACGAGUCGCUGCGCAAGGCCACGUCUAUAAUAGACGAAAUAGUGGCAAAGAUGCUGGAUGACAUGGGCAACAGCCGCACGCGACUGAUGGCCCUGUACGCCGCCUGUGUUACUGAGGCGCCCCCCGUCCCCAUCGAUCAAAAGUUUCAGGCCAUCGUGAUAGGCUGCGCUUUGGAGGACCAGAAGAAGAUCAAGCAGAGGCUGGAGACAUUGAUGAGGAACAUUGAGAAUGCAGAAAAGAACAUCAAGAUUAUGGACCACCAGAAAAUUGAGGUGCCCCAAACCAAUGGGAAAUAAUCCCAUCACUAAAACAUGAGUAUCUUUGGAUGACUUUGACUUUACCAAACAAGUGUUGUAAGCUAAAUUAUUACACAUAGAUUUCACAUGUAGCAUGGAGGCCAGUUAUAAAGUGCACACAAUAAUGUAACAAUAAUACACACACUGAGUGCCAAAAGAAUACAAACACAUCUGAUCUCUCUUAAUAAUCAUCACUGUGGUUUGUGUGUUAAUACUAAUACUUCUUAUCACCGAGUAUUGAUUACGUACUAAUACAAAACAUGAUCUGAUUAAUCACGAGUGACGUUUAAACAGGACCGUGUUUUUGUCAAAUCAAUAAUGGUAUAGUAGAAGGAGAAAACCAGAAACGUCACACACACGUUGAGGUCGUGUUUUUUAUCUGCUGCCUUCAUGUUAAUGAAUCAAGGCAAACUGUCUAUCCCCAUCUACUGGCGUAAAUUGGAAUGGUCUUCUAAAUUACAAAAUGACAUCUAUGACUAGAAUUCAGACCUUGGCAUUGUCACCUGUUGUGACAUCUUCCAGAAUUCUACAAAAAAACAAUUCUCACCGCUUGUUGAAGCGUGUAAGCCUAAAUGGGGACUAUAUAGAUAGAGAAUUUGCUUUGUUCCUGAAUAAUUUCUUUUUUCCAUUGGUUCAAUAGCUUCUUGACUUACCCUUAGACAUGAUGUGUGUACAUCACAGUGUGCCACACGUGCAAACAGCACCUUCUGAAGAAACACAUUUUUUUUAAAUUAAAGUAGUGUGAGUUUUGUUUCCCAAAACUGCUUUUUAAGCAAAUAAAACACAAAGUCAACAUAUUAUAGAGCUGUUUUCCUACAAUUGUUGUAUGUUAUGUUAAAAUGGUUUAGUAGGCAAGAGCGGGUCAGGGGUAGGACCUCUGUCAACAACCAGAGGGUUCCAGGUUCAAGACUGCUUAGAUCCCAAAUUGGGUUGCACCAGGUGUAAAAGACAUACAUGUCACCAAUUUUGGAAUCCAAGCCACAACCUUAAGUGUGCAUUUUCCAGGUUUACCUAUUGAGCUACAGCAACCUGAGUGUCACCCCCUACCCUAGACUUACCCAAACAUGUUGCUGAAAGACAAGUGCAAUCCUUGGAAAAAAAAGACACCAUAUUCCCAUGGAAAAAAGAAGUUUUAUUUAUACAUUUAUUCCAGAUUACAAUCAUCCUGACUUUAACUCAACAUCUGGUGUGCAGUGGUGCAGCACACUGUGAGUUGUGAUACAUGUAUACUUUUAUUUAAAGCAGUUAAACAAA